AUGGAUUGGGAAGGAAACGAAUGGGCUGACUCGGAAUGGACGUCUGCUGAGCCGGCCAAGGAAGAAGUGCUCAGCGCUUUCAAGCCUCUUCCAAAGGACUCUCCGACAGCGGUGCUCACCCCUGAAAUUGAUGAUAUUCACGCCUGGGGCGACGUGUUGGAAGAGAGAAGUAGCCCUCGGCCUACCUCAAAGGAUGCCAGUGAUGUGCGGAGGAAUGGAGGAGUUGAAACGGAUGAGAAGCCUGAUCUAUCAGAGUCUGCAGCUGUGGGUGAAGCAACUGAGCAGUUACAGAAGAUGCAGCUGGAGGAAUCAGAGGUGGAGGACGACACAGAGGAAAAGGAUCAGAAUGAUACAAAGCUCAAUGCUCUAGGCCUAGCACCUCCGAUCUCAAUGUCUUCCAUUUCGGUGGACGAUCCCCACUGGGGUAGUGAUGUUGAGGCGGAACCAGCGACAGUUAGUGAAGCGGAAGAAACUACAGAAGCUGCGGGAACUACGGGAGUCACAGAAGUCACUAAAGAGGCAGCUACAGAGACGUUAUCUGAUCUACAACCAGAUUUGGCCGUGCCUAUAAAGCCGUUUUCGCCUGUGGAAGUGACGGAGGAUGAAGGCUGGGGCAAGUCCGAUAUUGCAGUGAAGCCCGUUACUCCCGCGGCUGAACUGCAAGAAGGAUGGGGAGAGCCAGAUUCAGCUUCUAAAAUGGCAUCUUACAAUGAUACUGCUGCUGUGGAAGAAGCGAUGAAGACAGAGGCUCCUCUUCCUGUCGUGGAGGAUGAAGGGUGGGGCGAUGGAGGAGAUGGAGGAGAUGGAGGAGAUGGAGGAGAUGGAGGAGACUGGGGUGAUUUCGAGGAGGGCGAAGGAUUUGAUGAUCCUGGGCCUGUUACCGAGGCGACUGCCACACCGAAUGUUAUCCCAGUAACCUCAGUAAAGAAGUCUGCCGUUCCUACUACACAACUCGAAUUUCCCCAACCUUUAGAAGAGUUGAUCGUUCAAUUGAGAGGAUCUGACAGUGCCGAUAUCGAAGAGGUGAAAACCGUUACGCCUAUCCUGUCGUACCGAGAAAAAUCGCGAAAGCUGUACAACUCACUGAUUCGCCCAAACUGUCAGUUCAUCGAGUCCAAGCGAGCUAGCGAAGAUAAUGUGGUCAAGUGGACGGGAUCCCAGUUUGAGAGUACCCUCAAGGGGGAGAUCAGGAAGCUGCAUGAGAAUGACUCCAAAAAUCUCAAGCGGGUGUUCAAGUUUGGCUGGAGCAAUGGGGGUACGGAGAGAUCUGGCUCCAGAGGAAGACCUCUCAGCAUGCCUCCUCCAAAGAACGGUGAACCUGCUGUCCAAAUCCCGGGUUUGUCUCGUUCCUCUACAAUGUCUCGUGCCUCUACAACUUCCCCUGCUCCUCCAAGCGGUGGGCUGACCAGAUCUUCUUCGUUAAGGGAACGAGGAAGGGACAUGACUCGAAACAAACCCCCUGGACUGGUUCAGACCGCCAUUGCUGGAGCUGUCGGUCAGCGGGUGGUCUCGAGCUCACCCUCCAUGUCUCCUACAAUGUCCCCCAUAUCUCCUUCAGCGCCCCACCAUCAUCAUCAUGCGCUGAGUAGUGUUUUUGGUCGGUCCAAGUCUAAGACUCACUCAAAGUCAUCCUCGGUCAGUUCGAUCACUUCUCCCUUGGACUCCCCGAUCGACUCACCUAUUGACUCACCUUUGGGAUCACCCAUCUUGACCAAUCUCGUGCCCUCACUGUCUCCUACAUUGACAGGAACCCCACCAAGUGGACCAAGUCGAACAGGGACUCCACUUAGUAAUGCCCCUCCAGUGGCAGAAGAUAGCUUUGCUGACUUCGUCUCCGCCACACCUGUUGCGUCUAAAAACAACUCUCCCAUAUCUUCCCCUAAAAUUGGCUCUCCUGUUGGAUCCCCCUUUGGAUCCAAGGUGACCUCUCCGAAAAUGUCCCAUCCUCAGAUCUCGUCUCCUUUGGCUGGAAAUGGAAACCACGACCUCAUGGGUCUAGAUCUGUUGGGAUCCAACACAAACACUGCCACAAAAGCUACACAGCCCACACAGCCUUCGAAUGCUCUGGAUGACUUUUUCGGGGGCUCAAAGCCUGCUGGAAUGAAGCCUGCCGCAUCUCCUUUGGAUGACAUCUUUGGUUCCAAGCCAGUAGCGCACCCUGCUCCUAACAAACCCGCACAAUCCCCGUUGGACGACUUCUUCAGCUCCACCACUAAGAAGCCUGAUCCCCAGCCUGUGAAAAACAGCGGAGCCUCUGGAUACUUGGGCACUGCCGAUGGACAGAAGUCGGCAACCACUGCAAGUGCAACUGGCAACCAACUAGAUGAUUUGUUUGGCUCUUCUACGACACCCACCACCAACGCUGGCAAUAACAUGGGUAUAUUUGGUUCUGGCUCUACUCAACCUGCCCAUAAGGGCUCUGACUUUGACAUCUUCGAUGACCCCAAGGCUAAAGCGAUUCCCAAACCUGCUGUCGCAAGUACUGAUAACGGCUCGGAGUUCGACAUCUUCAACGCGGCACCUACCAAGCAGACUUGGCAGCCGCCUGCUGACCCUCUGAAGGAAUCUUCUGCGAGGUUGUCAGGCUUUGAAAUAUUCGACAAGCCUUCAUCCACACCAUCCAUCCAAAUCGACAGCAGCCAAGCUGAAGACGACGAAUGGGGUGACUUCACUGACUCAGUGGCUACCACGAACCGACCCCGGAAGAACUCGUACAACAGUGCUGCUAGAGUAUCAUCCAACACUCACAACGUUCCUUCUUCCGAGGUGGCCCAGUCCAUCUCGCAGUCAUCCACGCAGUCUCUGUUCGACACCACUUUUCUGGAUUCGGCUAUGGACAAGCGACACAAGUCAAAGUCGCCUUCUCGGUCUCCAAUUGCUCCUAUGAAACUGGCCAAGAAGCCCGUGGCAUUCGAGCUUGAUAUGGGUCCUCUCCAGCCUGGAUCCAAGUACAAGCAGCAAUCGGAAGACAAGCUGGUCAACGACAUUGUUAACUCUCUGCCUAACUUGGACUUUAUGGCUUUCGUGUAA